AUGCAAAUAUUCACUAUAUUGCUACUUUUUAAUAUAUUCCCCUCGAUAUUUGUACAAAAUCUGCCGGACACUACAGUUGCACCGAGAACAAAGAGAACGAUAAAAAUCGGAAUUGCCGCUGCUCAACGAAUUCAAACGUCAUCAAUCGGAUGGUCAGUGUGUGGUGGAGCUGUGCCGUUGGCUAUUGAAAGAUUGAAAGAGAUGGGAUUUGUUAAAGAUUUUGAUUUUGAAUACAUAGUAGACUACACAGAAUGUGAUCUGGGCAGUGUCGUACGUGCCGGAAUGGAAUUUAUCAAAACACAUAAGGUCGAUGUAAUAAUCGGACCACCAUGCGCACAGGCUCUCCGGCUUAUGUCAUUUCUAGCCGAGAACUAUAAGAAGCCAGUUCUUGGAUGGGGAUUUGUGAGUGACACGGAUUUGUCUGAUGUCAUACGAUUUCCGCACUUGACAACUGUCAUACCCAACUCAUUGAUGCUUGGUUAUGCUGCUUCAAAAAUGCUGACAACAUUCCAUUGGAAUCGAGUUGCAUUGUUGUAUUAUUUCAGUGACGUUAAAUAUUGUUCUGGAGUUAUGAAUGAUAUAGAGGCAACAUUUAAUGAUCCAAGUACACCAAAUGUAAACAUAGUGAUCAAAGCUGAAAUUUAUUUGAAUGAUAAUGAAACAACAGAUAAUGUUUUCCAAACUGUAAAGUCAAGAGCCAGAAUAAUCCUUUGGUGCACACAAACAUCAGUGGAAAAGCGAGAUUAUUUAAUUAAAAUAGCAACACAUGAUAUGAUAGGGGAUGAAUAUGUUCACAUUAUGCUAUCAAUGAGAAAUGUUGCAUUUGGAACACAAACGUCGCUUGGAAAACCAACUUUCAGUCAAUCAGGAUUGACACCUAUUUGGGAAUCAUUCACAGAAGGCACAGAUGGCUUCGAAAAAAUGGCUAAACAAGCGGCGACUAGAAUGUUUGUGCUUGAUGUAAACAGUGAAGUUGCUGAUAAAAAAUAUUUGGAAUACAUGCAAAAAAAUAUCAUAAAAGCAGUUCAGUCACCACCUAUGAAUUGCUCAACUGUUGAAUGCAUGACUGCUAAUACCACUAUAAUGGGAGGUUAUGCUCGUCAUUUAUUUGACGUUGUUUAUCUGUAUGGAAUUGCGUUAACACACACAAAUUCAACAGAUCCUGCAGUUUAUGGUGACGUGGAUGUGUUAGUUCAUCAGUUUGUUACUUCUUUUCAAGGAAUGACAGGGCAUGUUGUGAUUUCACCAAACUUAACCCGGAUGCCAAUUUUUCAACUAUAUGGACUUAACUCGGACUAUGACCAAGUCGCCCUUGUUGACUUCACUUAUACCAAUUCUGUGAUGGUACCCAAUGUCACACUCUUCUACAAAGACGAGGGAGGCGCUGUCUGGUCUUAUUAUGGACACUCAAGGCCAUUAGAUAUUCCAAUUUGUGGCUUCCUUGGAAAAUCAUGCCCUGUUUCGUUUUGGGAACAAUAUAAAAUUUUGAUUUUUGUGGCAAUAGCUGUAAUUGUUUUGAUGGUGCUCAUCAUGAUAAUUGGCUGCCUCUGUGUGAUAAGCGGUAAACGUGCGGAACGAGCAAGAAUAAAUGCAGAAUGGCAAGUUCCAUUUGCAAAGCUAAUUGAGUCAGAGAAACAAGUUCGUGGUAAAGGGGCAAGUCGGAGAUCUCUUCAAUCAGCUCCAUCCAUAUCAACUGGGCACAGUGGAGUAACAACUGUCAGCGACUUUUGUGAGAACUAUACGAUGAUGAUGUAUGAGAAAGAAAUGGUAUUAACUGCUAAAUAUCAGUACACCCAUUUGACAAAAGCAGACAAGGAACGAUUUGUAAAAAUGAGGAAACUGGAUCAUGAAAAUAUUAACAGAUUUAUUGGUUUAUCAAUUGAUAGUGCUCAUUUCAUUUCUGUAACAAAAUUAUGUUCAAGAGGGUCACUUCAAGAUAUUUUAUCGAGAGGCAAUUUUUCAAUGGAUUAUUUUUUCAUGUUUUGUAUUAUCAGAGAUGUGGCAAAGGGUCUGGAAUAUCUUCAUAAAACAUUCCUACGUCUUCACGGGAAUCUCCGAUCAGCCACGUGUCUUGUUAAUGACAGUUGGCAAGUGAAACUGGCGGAAUAUGGAAUGGACAAUCUUGUUGAAGAGCAAACUCCUCCAAAGAAACGACUGUUAUGGGUUGCUCCAGAAGUAUUGAGAGGUUCUCUCAGUGUUAGUCAAAUGGAACCUUCUGCUGAUAUAUAUUCAUUUGCUAUAAUAGCAUCAGAGAUUUUGACAAAGAAAGAAGCAUGGGACAUUUUGGACAGAAAAGAAGAUUGUGAAGAAAUAGUAUAUAAUGUUAAGAAGGGUGGACUGUUUCCAAUACGUCCAGAAAUUAUCACAGACAUCCAUGAUGUAAAUCCAGCACUGAUUGCUUUAGUGAAAGACUGUUGGGCAGAAGUUCCAGAGGAUAGGCCCACGGCGGAAAACAUUUGCUCACAAAUGAAAGGAUUAGUGUCAAAACAAAAAACAAACCUCAUGGACCAUGUUUUCAAUAUGUUGGAAGAAUACACUUCAACGUUGGAAGAGGAAAUAGAAGAACGAACGAAAGAGUUAACUUUAGAAAAGAAAAAAGCAGAUAUUUUAUUAAGCCGAAUGCUCCCAAAACAAGUGGCUGAAAGACUGAAAGCUGGGCAAACUGUGGAACCAGAAGGAUUUGAUUCAGUGACAGUAUUCUUUUCCGAUGUUGUAAAAUUCACAAUUCUUGCUUCAAAAUGCUCCCCAUUCCAAACUGUGAAUUUAUUAAACGACUUGUACAGCAAUUUUGAUACAAUAAUUGAGCAACAUGGCGUAUAUAAAGUAGAAUCAAUCGGUGAUGGAUAUCUUUGUGUAUCAGGGUUACCAACAAGAAAUGGAUAUGCACACAUCAAACAGAUUGUGGACAUGUCGCUGAAAUUCAUGGAAUACUGCAAAAGUUUUAAUAUUCCUCAUUUGCCACGGGAAAAUGUUGAGCUGAGGAUUGGAGUGAACAGUGGACCCUGUGUUGCCGGAGUUGUCGGUUUAUCAAUGCCUCGUUAUUGCCUCUUUGGAGAUACUGUGAACACUGCAUCAAGAAUGGAGAGUAAUGGAAAACCAUCCCUUAUACAUCUAACAAACGAUGCUCAUUCUCUUCUAACCACUCAUUAUCCAAAUCAAUACGAAACGAGUUCCCGAGGAGAAGUAAUUAUAAAAGGAAAAGGAGUUAUGGAAACAUUUUGGGUGCACGGCAGAUUUGGUGAAAUGGAACCAACCGAGUUAAGAAGCAUUAGUAAUCGGUCAACACCACCAGUAACCAACGAUAGAUGGAUUCCAAAUCCAUCAAGCUCUCAUGGAUCACGUCCUUCGAGUGUAUAUGAUCCAUUACAGGGACAUCAGAAAUUUAAAAUGGAUACAUUGAAAGUAGCGAAUUGA